UCAGAGGAUUCCAGGCCCCAGGUCAGUCACGGUCAGGAGUGUACUCCAAGACCGGAGGUUUCAUGCUGGCGAUGCCUCCCUAUUCGGAGAAGAACGACCUGGAUAAGGAUGAGGCGCAGAUCGAGACGGUGGAGCUCGACAACCAGUCCCAGGCCGGGGGGACGGAGAGGGAGGGCGAGAAUUUGGAGCAGGAGGGCGCUGAGGAGAGCCAUGGUUCCUACAAACGCUACCUAUCAGCUGACGAGGGGCAGAGCGCGACCAGAAAGGCGGUGCAGAGGAUACUCAAGAUCUUGAAACCGUUCAUACUGUCGGUACGGAAGCAGAUCCUGAAAUUCGGAGAGGAUUGGAUUUUUCUUUUCCUGCUGGGUAUGUUCAUGGCCACCAUUAGCUUCAGCCUGGACGUGAUCACUUCAAAAUUUCAGAGAGCCAACCUGUGGGUCUAUGACACACUGGAAAACUAUCGGUACCUGCAGUACUUUUCCUGGGUGCUUUAUCACGUCAUUCUCACCAUGGUGUCUGCCGGAGUGGCCAAAUACAUCUCACCACAGGCCGCAGGGUCUGGCAUUCCAGAGUUGAAGGUGACCUUGCGAGGCGUGGUGCUGGAUGAGUUCUUUACCUUCAGGACCUUUGUAGCCAAACUCAUUGGCGUCAUCUGCACCCUGGCAGCUGGAAGUACCAUUUUCCUGGGCAAGGUGGGCCCCUUUGUUCACAUGGCAACCAUCCUCGCCACGUUGCUGGGAAAGGUCAUGGUCAAAUUCGCAGGAACCAAAGAGAAUAAAGGACGCAAAUACGAAAUGCUGAUCGCUGGCGCAGCGGUGGGUGUAGCCUGUUGCUUUGUGGCACCGGUUGGAGGAGUCCUGUUCAGCGUGGAGACAACAGCCACUCACUUUGCCGUACGGAAUUACUGGCGAGGGUUCUUUGCUGCGACCUGUGCUGCUCUGAUGUUCCGGGUGCUGGCUGUGGUAAACAACGAACACGAAACGGUGGCUGUGCUCUUCACGACCAACUGGAAGGUGGAAUUCCCCUUUGACCUGCCAGAAUUCCUUUCCUUCGCCAUUCUUGGGGUCAUCUGCGGAUGUCUGUGCUGUGUCUACCUGUUUUGCCACCGGAACCUCACCAUAUUUAUGACCAACCACAAAAAGAUCUCCAGGUUCAUGGCUGACAAUAAGAUUCUAUUCGCCGGAUUUGUGGCUCUUGUAUUGGCAAGUAUUACUUUUCCCCAUGGAGUGGGUCAGUACAUCGGUUCGAGGCUGUCGAUGAAGGAACAUUUGGAAACAUUCUUUGACAAUCGUACCUGGGGUUCCGAUGAGCAGAUGCUGGAGAACAACACCAGGCAGCCUCCUUCCCCGACCUAUAAUGCCAACUGGCUUCAAUGGACCCACAUGAGACUUUCAUCUCUGGAGAUGUUGACGUUCUUUAUCAUCCUAAAGUUCUUCAUGCUACUGUUGGCUACGACGAUGGUUGUUCCUGCAGGUUACUUUCUACCUGUUUUUGUCUAUGGUGCAGGCCUUGGGCGGCUGUAUGGAGAGAUAAUGGCCAAGAUUUUUCCGGAAGGAAUCAUUUCAGAAGGAAUUCACAUCAAAAUCACUCCUUCAGGCUAUGCAUUGGCAGGGGCUGCAGCCUAUUCCGGGGCGGUCACCCACACCAUCUCCACCGCUGUGCUGGUCUUCGAGCUGACGGGGCAGAUGUCCCAUAUCCUGCCGGUUCUCAUCGCCGUGCUGGUCGCCAACGUGAUCAGCCAGCGAUCCCAGCCAUCUUUCUUCGAUGGGAUAGUCAUCGUGAAGAAGCUUCCCUACCUACCCAAGCUGACGGUGGGGAAGAGCGGGGCUCACGAUAUCUACGCAGAGGACUUUAUGGUGACAGACCUGAAAUACCUGGCCAAGGACCUGAAAUACAAAGACAUCCGAAACCUGCUGAAGAACACAGAGCUGAAACAAUUCCCUCUUGUUGACUCAACAGAGUCAAAGGUUUUGCUGGGUUCCAUUAAGCGUAAAAAUCUUGCCAAGCUCCUGACAGAGCAACUGAGCCCAGUGAGAAGGCUGAGGUACAUUCUAGAACAAUCCAGGCAGCCCGCACGAUUUUUCUCAGGCCAGGAGAAUAACACAUGUUCUGACCGAAUUGGCUGUGAAGAUGCCCAACCUCCAGAGACGCAGCAGUUAAACCGAGAAGACAACAUCUACAUUGAGAACGAAGAGGCCAAAGCGAUUCAAGAAAGUCGCCCAUCAAAAUCGAGCAAGCAGAAGAGGUUUCGUUGCUACACUGUGGAUGGAGAGGAGGUCUUGGACACGAUGACCACAUGGGAGGUGGAGAAUUGGGAAUACGCUCAGCUGCAGGAGGUGCUGAAGCUGGAUGAGUGUGUCAUUGACCCAGCCCCGUUCAGACUCGUGGAGAAAGAAACCCUGUAUGAGUGUUAUGACCUCUUCAAUCUCCUGGGACUGAGGAUAGCCUACGUGACGUCAACUGGAAGACUUGUUGGUGUCGUUGCUCUGAAAGAGCUGAAGGCAGCGGUUGAAAGCUGUGUGAAGGGGACUUCUACCAGGGGGAGCUUUUCCAAGGAGGAGGACCUGCCUCAGAAUAUCACCCUGAUCCACAACGAAGGUGCCAAGGAGAGCUGAAGGCCAAAGGAAUGUGGCAGUGCCUGGAUGUUGGAAUCUCCUUGAUCUGAACACUGCUAGAGUGAUCACUUUGCCUUCCCAUUGACAGUAGCCACUACUGAAAAAGCCAGAGAAAACCAUGUUACUAAUGAAUCUAUCGUUCACCUCUUGCAUUCCACCCAGCUGCCCUCUCUCUACCCCUGUUCCCCCAACGCUGUCUCUGGAAUAGAAUCAUAGUUUCUCUACAGAGUGGAAGCAGACCAUUCAGCCCAUUGAGUCACAUCAACCCUCCCAGACCCAUCCUCCUACCCUAUCCAUGCAACCUGCAUUUCCCAUGGCUAACCCACCUAACCUGCACAUCCCUGGACACUAUAGGCAACUUAGUGUGGUCAAUCCACCCUAACUAACACAUCCCUGGGCACUAUGGGGUAACUUAGCAUGGCCAAUCCACCCUAACCUGCACAUCCCUGGACACUAUGGGCAAUUAGUGAGGCCAAUCCACCCUAACCUGCACAUUCCUGGGCACUAUGGGGCAACUUAGUGUGGCCAAUCCACCCUAACCUGCACAUCCCUGGGCACUAUGGGCAAUUAGUGGGGCCAAUCCACCCUAAACUGCACAUCUUUGGAUUGUGGGAGGAAACACCGGAGGAAACCCACACAGACAUGGGAAGAGCAUGCAAACUCCACACAGCCAGUCUCCCGAGGGUGGAAUUGAACCCGGGUCCCUGGUGCCGUGAAGCAGCAGUGCUAACCACUGAGCCACGGUGCCGCCAACGCCACAUCUCCCACUUCAUCCCUCCCCUGUCAACAAGCACGCCUUUGCCCGUCGGAAUCUGAGCUUUCCUCCCUCCAUUCUGUUGGAGGUGCUGCUAAGAUGCAAGAUGUUGUUGUAGUGCUUGCUGUUCUCAGUCUUGCCACACGGUGACACUGUUUCUCCAUCCAGCUCUCGAUCAAAAGUGCAGCUAAAUUCUAUCAUUGAAUUCAGUGGCGACUCUCUGCUGGAUGGAUUGAACAAAAAGAAAAUGGUUGUGGUUGUUGGAGGUCGGUUGGCUCCAUCCCAUUGCUGCAGGAGCUGGUCAGGGUGAGGUUCCAUCUUCAGCUUCUCCAUCAGCGGCCUUCCCACCAGGUCUGAGGGUGGGUACCUUCGGCUGGUGAUCACAUGCAGUGUUUAGAUUAGAUUUCUUACAGUGUGGAAACAGGCCCUUCGGCCCAACAAGUCCACACCGACCCGCCGAAGCGCAACCCACCCAUACCCCUACAUUUACCCCUUACCUAACACUACGGGCAAUUUAGCAUGGCCAAUUCACCUGACCUGCACAUCUUUGGACCGUGGGAGGAAACCGGAGCACCCGGAGGAAACCCACACAGACACGGGGAGAACGUGCAAACUCCACACAGUCAGUCGCCUGAGUCGGGAAUUGAACCCGGGUCUCAGGCGCUGUGAGGCAGCAGUGCUAACCACUGUGCCACCGUGCCGCCGUUUAGUUCCAUUCCCCAGUUACAGGAGCACUCCACGUCCACAGGGGGCAUGACCUGGUCAAUAUCCUGACCUGGACUGAAGGUGGCCAGCAAAAGAGAAUCUAAUCAUCGAUCCCCCCCCUCGACAUUCAAUUAAAAAUCACACAACACCAGGUUAUA